AUGAGUUUUACUCUUGCUAGCAGGAGCAUUGCCAGUCGGCUAUUUCAAAACUUCGCCCCCACCUCACUAGUCGCAUUGCGCACGCUUAGUCCUAAGCAAAAAAACUGGCAUCUGAACCUCCCCCCACAAAGAUACUGCUCGUCAACUCCACCAGCAAAUCCUCUACAAAAACCCACAAACCCACCAAACCAAUUCCCCCUCACGGAAUCCAGAAGCGGCGACAUUUGGGAGGCAGACCAAAUAGAGAUUUGGCGUCUUGCAGAUGGCUAUCGUGUGUGGGGUUUUCCUAUCUACCGCUCUACCUAUCAGAGCGAUGCAGAGUGGGACGAAUUCAUGCGCCGUCUGGUCGCUGAUACCACGGAGUCGCUGUGUCCUGAUUUAUUUGAUAACAUGGCUCUGACCGUGUUUGACGAUCCAACAAAGUUUGAUGGCGCCACGACGGCAGUGAUUCGGGACCAUUUCAAGCAGUGGGUGGUGACUGCCGAACAGGAGGAACGGAGCCCUGAAUUCGAUCCAGAGCGAAUUAAAAUAGAUGUGUAUGGGGCGCAACGGUAUAGAUACUGUAUCCAGGUCACGCAAGAGAUGUUAGAAUCAGUUAUUGCCGAUGAAGGGGAGGCAAUGGCGAUUGUGCGCAUUAUUCGCGGAGAUUGGGAGGAGUACAGCCCUUACAAAGAUGACUUCAGGUUCGAGGAGGAGAGAGAAGCGAUUGAAGGGUGUACUCUAGAAGAUGUAGGGUGGAUAAACGUUCCGUUUGAUGGUGUGAUGACUAUUUGUUGGGGCGACCUGCGGGGUGAUUGGGAUGGAGAGUAUCGUCGUCCGCCAAGUAUAUCAUGUCACCCGUGGUUCGAUGUUGACAAUUAG